AACCGGAGAAUUCCAAGGCAGGUGGUAGCUACUUUUUAAGCUUAAGAGUUUUUCAUGAGACGGAUAGAAUCGGAUGCGCACUGUAUAAAGUAACUCUGGGUCGCUCCGCUUGACUGGGUAGCAGCAACCUCCUCGCGUAGUAUUGGCACGCUCCAACCGACGCAAUUAAAGCCUCUAAUUCUCUAGUUUGCAUAAACUUGCUCAUUGGCCUCGAUCUUUUAAAAGCCAGACCUACACUACAACCCUGCAUAUUUCUGCAUAACCCCGCACGAAGUCAUCAUCACAAUGGCCAGCCCCAAUCCCCUCAAUGUCUACAGAGGGCCAGACUCUGUCAAGUCUUAUUUUGAUCCUGACUCUAGUCCCCCUCUGCCGCUUGUAGAGCUUCCUGGGAACCUGAAUCCCUACAGACAGGAUGGUGUUCGCAUCUACGCCAAGAUGAUGUCUAUGCAUCCGGCAAACAAUGUCAAGUGCAUGCCUGCCCUCAACCUUCUUCAGAACAAGGUUGUUCCUGGCAAGACAAAGACUGUUGUUGAGUACAGCUCAGGAUCAACUGUCAUGUCCAUGUCUCUCAUCUCCAGAGCAUUCUUCGGCAUUGAUGAUGUCCGCGCCUAUCUCAGCAACAAGACCAGCUUGCCCAAGAUUAAGCUGAUGCAGUUCUUUGGAAUUAACAUCACCCUCUUUGGUGGUCCUUCUCAGCCUGAGCCUCUAGACGAGCGCGGUGGUAUCAAGGCUGCCAAGCGACUCACCGAGACCACAACAACCAGCAUCAACCCUAACCAGUAUGAGAACGAUGAUAACUGGAGGUCUCACGUCAAGUGGACUGGACCUCAGAUCCUUCGCCAGUUGCCUGAGAUCAAUGUCAUUUGUGCCGGUAUGGGUACUUCUGGCACCAUGACUGGUCUGGGCACGUUCUUCAAGGAUAACAAGCCCUCUGUCUUCCGUCUUGGUGUCUGUACUGCUCCUGGAGACCGUGUUCCCGGUCCCCGCUCGUAUGCCCUCUUGGCUCCCGUCGAGUUCCCUUGGAAGAAGUCCGUCGACCACAUUGAGGAGGUUGGCUCCCACGACUCCUACACUCUCUCGCUUGCCAUGUGCCGCAACGGUAUUGUCUGUGGCCCAUCCUCGGGCUUCAACCUCCAGGGCUUGUACAACUUCAUUGGGAAGCGCAAGGCUGAAGGCACUUUGUCCGAGAUGGCUGGUGAAGAUGGUGAAGUCCACUGUGUCUUCCUCUGCUGCGAUCUCCCCUACCAGUACAUUGGCGAGUACUUUGACAAGCUGGAUGCUACUCAAUUCCCCGCCAUUACCAACGAGAGCCUUCUCAACGUUGAUUGUCACCGCUACGACGAGAGAUGGGAGCGUGACCCUGUCGAGGCCCUUGGCGCCUACUACGAUGUCGCUACUGACUUGAUUGGCGAUCUUGUCUCCAUUGCUGCCAAGCUGCCCAGUGCUGAUCUGCAAAUGAUUCCUUUAAAGACUGACAGCUGCAUCAUCGAUUUCAGACAGGAGGCUGACUUUGCCGCUUUCAGUCUUCCCAAGUCUAUCAACAUGCCCUAUGUCACCAAAGAUGCCCCCAAUCCUUUUGUUGACCCUGAGGCGCUGUCUACUCUGUGGAAGCGACUGGAAGAAACCUUCCUGUCUCCUCCUGAGGAGAUUGCCGCUGCUAUCAAGGACAAGAGAGUUCUCUUCCUCUGCUAUGAUGGUGACAGUGCUAGAGUUGCCACAAGUGUCCUCCGCGCCAAGGGCAUUGAGGCCGACAAUGUCCGUGGUGGCUUCAAGGCUCUGCAGGAGAUGAACAGCAGCCGCCCCGACACUCCCGUCAACGAGGCCAACGUGCAGGAGCUUUUGGGCCAGAGCAAGACCCUGCAGGUGUAA